CUCUUCUAUGAAGCCUAGUUUACUUUGAUUUAGGAAGAGUUCUAUAAUAUCCAGAAUCAUAUCUUCUGUUUUAUUGGUAAUGCCUAGCCAGCCUGGCCAACAUGGCAAAACCUUGUCUCUGCUAAAAAUACAAAAAUUAGCUAGGCAUGGUGGCACACGCCUAUAAUCCCAGCUACUCAGGAGGCUGAGGCAUGAGAAUUGCUCGAACCCAGGAGAUGGAGGUUGCAGUGAGCAGAGACCAUACCACUGCACUCCAGCCUGGGUGACAGAACAAGACCCUGUCUCAAAAAAAAAAGAAAAAAAGUAAUGCCUAGGGCAUUACUCAGAUUGAUCUCAAUAAUAGCUGCCUUUGAGCAUGGGAACUAUGUACUGUAAUUGUCAUAUGUUAUCUCCUUCCUCUAAAGAACUUCAUGGGGUAAUGGAUGAUAUAUCAAUUUUACAAUAAGCACAUGGAAUUAACUCCCAAGUAAUCUGCACAAAUCCCAACAGUUAUAAGUGUUGGAGCCAGGACAUGAAGCUAGUUGUCUCUGAAUCUGAAGCCUACCCCUUUUUCUAGUAUUUAAGGCCCUAGUUUCUUAAACAAGGCUGGUCUUUUGCAGUUUUUUCCAUCCACAGAAAACAAGCUAGCCCUUCAGUAUUUACCAGGCUCACACUCAACACCUGAAAAUGACGUAUCUGGCCCACAUUUUUUGACACACCACCACUCCUCAAACACACUGGCCUUAUGGAAUGCUUUUAACAAGAUUGUACAAAAAUGAAACUUACUAAAUUUAUAAGAAUUCUGGAAAUAAAUAUCCCCAAACAGGAAAGGACUAUAUUCCGGUUUAUUUCUUUCAACAAUGUUUCCUAGUUUCUACUUGGGAUUUUUCUCUCAAACCUCUCUAAAAAUGGGUUUACUUCUCGAAAUCAUGUUGUCGAAAGAAUUUUAAAUAAAAAUCUUUCCUCUGAAAUGGAUGAUGAUGACUAGGAAAUUCAUCCCCAUGUUCCCAUUUAUGGGAAGUGAGGGGAUCACCCCGCAUGGGCAACACUACACCAGCUAUGGAAGCUCAUCCUCCACUGCCGAAAUGUUUAAUCUGAGAUUACAAUGAGCGUCCUCUUUUUUCUCAUUUAUUCCACAUGGAAUGUGGUAAUUAUCAAGAGUUUUAUCUCCAAGCUCAAAGCCAGACACAAUAUAAAAGUUUGAGUGCUCUGCAUGUUAAAAAGAACUAUGUGGACUUUACAGCUCCUUCCAUUCCUGAAAUUCUACAGUUCAUCCUUUCUGGCAGACACAACAAUCUCCAGUCCCACGUAUACAAUCUAAAAAAAUUGGGGAGGGCCAGCGCGCAUGCUCAAUACUCAAGCCAGCCAGCCCGUCCCACAGCCAGUUGCUCCUGCGCCUGCGUACGGGAGACGCCUUGCCCAGUUUGCGGGCGGGAAGCAACUUAGAGAACCCGGAUGGAACUCGGGCCUGGCUGAUCAGGGGUUUGUAGCGGAUGCUUCUCUCUCCAAGCGCACCGCAGAUUCCUGUUCGAGGGUGGGACCUGAGGAACCAUCGCCCGCCUAGACCUGGUUCCGACGUCGAGAGGCUGGGCCCUAGACUGAGCGGAGAGCGGCACUGGAGCCUGAAACGGGCUCUCAAAAGAAGCCCGAGCAUCCCUUGGGCCUGCGCCUCAGGCUCGGAGACCGGCGGGCGGAGACCGCGCUGAGUCUUUUCUUUCCUCGCCGCUGGCGUUCUUAGCUCACCCAGGAGGCUCUAAAAGUCUGCGUCCUUAGCAGUAAUACCACCAGGCCCUAUCAAUUAAGAGCUGCGUGUUGUUUGCAUGCAUUCUUGUAAUUAAACCUCCCAACAACCCUGUAAGCAAAAUUCUGUGGCAUCUCUGGAAUACUACCUGAGAAUUUUUGUGUGCCAUGUCGAAGAAACGCAAAUGGGAUGAUGACUAUGUUCGCUACUGGUUCACCUGUACAACAGAAGUUGAUGGAACUCAGCGCCCACAGUGUGUGUUGUGUAACUCAGUAUUUUCAAAUGCUGAUCUCAGACCAUCAAAACUGUCAGACCAUUUUAACAGACAGCAUGGUGGUGUAGCUGGGCAUGAUGUCAAUAGCCUGAAGCAUAUGCCCACACCAUCUGAUCAGAGUGAAACCUUGAAAGCAUUUGGAGUUGCAUCUCAUGAGGAUACUUUAUUACAAGCAUCAUAUCAGUUUGCAUAUUUAUGUGCCAAGGAGAAGAAUCCUCAUACAAUAGCCGAAAAGUUAGUGAAACCUUGUGCACUGGAAAUAGCACAAAUAGUUUUGGGACCAGAUGCACAAAAGAAGCUUCAGCAGGUACCCUUAUCAGAUGAUGUGAUUCAUUCUAGAAUUGAUGAAAUGAGCCAAGAUAUCUUACAGCAAGUUCUAGAAGAUAUCAAAGCCAGUCCUCUUAAAGUGGGCAUUCAGCUUGCUGAGACAACUGACAUGGAGGACUGCAGUCAGCUAAUGGCAUUUGUGCGAUAUAUAAAAGAAAGAGAGAUCAUAGAAGAAUUUCUCUUCUGUGAACCAUUGCAGCUAUCCAUGAAAGGAAUAGAUGUGUUCAAUCUCUUCAGAGACUUCUUUCUGAAGCAUAAGAUAGCACUUGAUGUGUGUGGCUCUGUUUGUACUGAUGGUGCCUCCUCUAUUCUAGGAGAAAAUUCUGAGUUUGUUGCCUAUGUGAAAAAAGAGUUACCUCAUAUCGUGAUCACACAUUGUUUAUUGAACCCUCAUGCACUUGUCAUAAAGACAUUGCCUGCAAAACUGAGGGAUGCUCUGUUUACUGUGGUGAGGGUAAUAAAUUUCAUCAAAGGGAGAGCUCCAAAUCAUCGCCUGUUUCAGGCUUUCUUUGAAGAAAUUGGCAUAGAAUAUAGUGUCCUCCUUUUCCAUACUGAAAUGAGGUGGCUUUCCCGAGGCCAGAUACUUACUCAUAUUUUUGAAAUGUAUGAAGAAAUAAAUCAGUUUCUUCACCACAAAAGCAGUAAUUUGGUUGAUGGCUUUGAAAAUAAAGAGUUUAAAAUUCACCUAGCCUACCUCGCAGAUUUAUUCAAACACUUAAAUGAACUCAGCGCAUCUAUGCAAAGGACUGGGAUGAACACAGUAUCAGCUAGAGAGAAGUUAUCUGCUUUUGUUAGAAAGUUUCCAUUUUGGCAAAAACGAAUUGAGAAAAGAAAUUUUACCAAUUUUCCUUUUCUUGAAGAAAUAAUUGUUUCAGAUAAUGAAGGAAUAUUCAUUGCAGCUGAAAUAACACUGCAUCUGCAACAAUUGAGCAGCUUCUUUCAUGGCUAUUUUUCCGUUGGAGAUCUUGAUGAGGCAAGUAAAUGGAUACUGGAUCCAUUUCUUUUUAAUAUUGAUUUUGUCGAUGAUAGUUAUUUAAUGAAAAAUGAUCUUGCUGAAUUACGAGCUAGUGGCCAAAUCCUAAUGGAAUUUGAGACAAUGAAGCUUGAGGAUUUCUGGUGUGCUCAAUUCACAAUGUUUCCAAACCUGGCAAAGACAGCUCUAGAAAUCCUUAUGCCAUUUGCAACUACAUACCUUUGUGAGUUGGGAUUUUCAUCACUUUUACAUUUCAAAACGAAGUCCAGAAGCUGCUUUAAUCUGAGUGAUGAUAUCCGUGUGGCUAUUUCAAAAAAAGUUCCUCGUUUUUCAGACAUCAUUGAACAAAAGCAGCAGCUACAGCAGAAGUCACUGUAAGCUGAUAUACUUUUUUAAUGUGUAAUUUUAAUCUUAAUAUUACAAAAUUAAGCUGUAAUUCUGUUUCUUUCCAUUCAUAUUUAUGAUACACUGAAUUCUAUGUUUGAAAACAUUUAAUGACUUUAGCUUUGAAUGAGGCAUGUGAAAGUGUGUUUUGAGAAUAAAAACACAAAAGCAGAAAAGAUGAAGUACUACUGCCUAGUUGCUAUCCUAAGAUUUUCCUGAUUCUGAGUUUCUGUUUAACCUGUUCAUGAGGUAUGUAAAAAAGAUACCUAAGCACUAGAAUAUCCAGUUAAAUUGUACAAUCGGCCGGGAAUUAAGCCAGGAGAAAAGAGAAGACUUCCCAGAAGUCAAAAAGGCAAAGUGACAGAUUGAGUUCACCCAUCUUUGUUAUGAAGAAGCUAAUGAAAUCAGAAGAGAAUUAUGAAAUAUAAUGGGAAAAGGAAUGAUCUGGCUUAUAUAAGAGUUUUUAAAAUAUACUCUUUGGAGUUAGUCUCACAAUGUCCAUUCCUAUAGCUCCUAUGUUAUGAAUAUUAAUAAAUAGCCUAAUAUAUUAGUCACUGUUUGUCAUCUUUAAAUUACUUCAGAGCUCCAAGUUAUCAAGACUGCUGAAAAGGAGAUUCCUUACCCUAGAGAUUCUGAUUAGCAGGUCUGUGAUAAGGUCAAGGAUCCUCAUUUGUAACCAGCUUUCGUAACUAGAUUCCCUACAUAGAAAUCUAUGUAGGCCAGGUAAGGUGGCUGAUGCCUGUAAUCCCAGCACUUUGGGAGGCCAAGGUGGGCAGAUCAUGAGGUCAGGCAUCCGGGACUGGCUAACAUGGGGAAACCCCAUUCUUACUAAAAAUACAAAAAUAAGCCGGGCGUGGUGGCGCAUACCUGUAAUCCCAGCUACUCAGGAGGCUGAGGCAGGAGAAUUGCUUGAACCCAGGAGGCAGAGGUUGUAGUGAGUCAAGAUCAUGCCACUGCACCCCAGCCUGGGUGACAGAGGGAGAUGCCUUUUUCUUUUUUUUUUUUUUUUUUUUUUGAGACUCUAUCUCUGAUAAUUACUUUUCUUAUAUUUAAUUUUAAGGUCAUUGAUAAAUUUUGAAAAGGAAUAUAAAUAGAAUAAAGAUAUAAUCUUCAUGGCCAGCAGAUGUCACUCUCUGUGUGGCUUUGAAUGAAAGCAACUUUACUCUCAUUACAGAUUUUGCCAAAUAGCUGAUUUUAAGCAUCCCUAGAAAAGAUACUAGUGGCUCAAAUUUAAAAUGCCCCACCUGGCCCUCUGUGGACUCAAAAUUGGCAGGCAGAACUCUGGUGGAACCAGUAACCUCCAGACCAAGAAAUCGCUGAAAAACACAGGUGAGAAAGAAAAUAUAAGUGACUUUUUCUGUAAUACUGACAAGCAUGUGGAUUUUGGCAUCCUCACUGUUUGUCUAAGUCACCAAAAGCUGCUUAAAGUUAGUGACUAAUGGGUCAGCAUUUUGGGGCAUGAACCAAUGGGAAUCAAAACUAAAUAGACUUAUACUUUUAAAUAGUGAACUUGAUGAUACUUGAAUUGUAUCUUUAUUUUAUUUUUUGAGACAGAAUCUCACUCUGUCACCCAGGCUGGAGAGCAGUGGUGUGAUCUUGACUCACUGCAGUCUCCACUCCUGGGUUCAAGACAUUGUCCUGCCUCAGCCUUCCGAGUAGCUGGGAUUACAGACACCCACAACUGCAUCUGGCUAAUUUUUGUAUUUUUAGUAGAGACAGGCUUUCAUCAUGUUGGCCAGGCUGGUCUUGAACUCUUGACCUCAAGCCAUCCACUCCCAAAGUGCUGGGAUUAUAGGCGUGAGCCAUUAAGCCCAGCCUCAAUUUUUAAAAAUAGGCUCUGAGGCCAGGUGCAGUGGCUCACACCUGUAAUCCCAGCACUUUGGGAGGCUGAGGGAAGAAGGCUGUUGAGGCCAGGAGUUCAAGACCAGUCUGAGCAACAUAUCAAGACCCUGUCUCUACAAAAAAUAAAAGUAGCUGAGCAUUGUAGCACAUGUCUGUAGUCCAGCUACUGGAGAGACUGAGGCAGGAGGAUUGCUUGAGCCCAAAACAUUGAGGCUGAAGUUGGUCAUGAUGGUCCCACAGUACUCUAGCCUAGGUGACAGAGUGAGACACUGUCUGAAAAAAAAAAAAAAAAAAAAAAAAAAGACUGGUCACAGUGGCUCACAGCUGUAAUUCCAGCACUUUGGGAAACUGGCAGGAGGAUCACUUGAGCCCAGGAGCUUGAGACCAGCCUGGCCAACAAAGUGACACCCUGUCUACAAAAAUUAGCCUGGUAUGGUGGCAUACACCCAUAGUCCUAGCUACUUAGGAGGCUAAAAUAGGAAGAUCACUUGAGCCCAGGAGGUGGAAGCUGCAGUGAGCUGUGAAUAUGCCACUGCACUCCAGCCCAGGCAACAGAGUGAGACCCUGUGUCAAAAAAAAAAACAAAAAAACCUCUGGAUAUUUAUAGUAUACAGAUUGUUUUUGUUUGUUUGUUUUUAAGCACUAAAUUAUAUUAGAUAUUAUGAGCAUGGCUUUAAUAUCUGCCAGGCAUUUAGAAACAUAGAAUUUGAAGCUUUCAAAGUCUACCUUAAUUUGAAGGGCAGUAUAAGGUUAUUGCCUAUUGUAAUUUGUACUUCUAAGAAAAAAGAGAGACCUCAGGUUUUUUUUACUUUUGUUUUACAAAUUUGCCAUAAAUCUUACUAUAAUUCAGCAAUGGAUUGAGUCCUAUUUCGCUACUUACUAACUGUAUAAACUUUGUAAUUUUUGCCAUAUAGGAAUCAAGAGAUCUGACAGUCUGAUCAUCUUGUUUUGACCUGCUUAACAUUCAUUCAUUAACUUGCUUCUUUUAAUAGUAACAUCCAGCUUUUUCUUGAGGAACUAUUUUCCCCCCGCUAUCAGCCCAUAUGACCCCCCCCCCCCGGCUGGUUAGCUCCAGUACCUUUGCUGGAAUUAAUGGGGAAGAUGCUAUACGUGCUAAACUAAUAGGAUAUGUCUGGACUUCCAGUGGUCAGUUUUGCUACCCGUAUUAGGGUUCUUCAGAGAUUCAGAACGAAUAGAAUGUAUGUACAUGUAAAAGGGAUUUUAUUAGAAAGAAUUGGCUCACCUGAUCACAAGGCAAAGUCCCAUGAUAGGCCAUAAGCAAGCUGGGGAUGAGAGAAGCCAGUAGGGAUUCAAUCUGAAAGCCGCAAAACUGGGGAAGCUGACAGUGCAGUCUUAAGUCUGUGGCCAAAGGCCCUAGAGCCCCUGACAAUCCACUGGUGUAAAUCCAAGAGUUCAAAGGCCAAAGAACCUGCAGUCUGAUGUCCAAGGUCAGGAGGAGCAGGAGGAAGCAUCCAGCAUGGGAAAAAGAAGGAAGCGAAGAGACGCAGCAUGCAAAAGCUAUCCUGACUGCUUUGUUCUAGCAGAGAGCAAAUGUAAGCUGUAAAUGCUUACAUUAAAACGAAAAGUCAUCUAGGCGCAGUGGCUCUGCCUGUAAUCGCAACACUAUGGGAGGCCAAAGCAGUUGGACCACCUGAGGUCAGGAGUUCAAGACCAGCCUGACCAACAUGAUGAAACCUUAUCUCUACUAAAAAUACAAAAAUUAGCUGGGCGUUGUGGCAGGCACCUAUAAUCCCAGCUACUUAGGAGGCUGAGACAGGAGAAUCGUUUGAACCCAGGAGGCAGAGGUUGCAGCGAGCCAAGAUCGCACCAUUGCACUCCAGCCUGGGCAGCAGGGUAAGACUCUGUCUCAACAAAAAAACAAAGAAAAGAAAAGUCAAUAACCUAAACUUACACCUAAAGAAACUAGAAAAAUAAGAGCAAACUAAACUCAAAGCAAGUAGAAGGAAGGAAAUAAUAAAGAUUAGAGGGAAAUAAAUGAAAGUGACAAACAAUAGAGAAAAUCAUAGAAAUUAACAGUUGGUCCUUUGAAAAUAUUAACAAAAUUCAAAAAGCUUAAGUUAGACUGACCUAGGAAAAACAGGAGAAAGAGGGGACGUUACUACCAACCUUACAGAAUCGAAGGAAAUAUUUUGAACAAUUGUAUACCAACAAAUUAGAUAACCUAGAUGAAAUGGAAAAAUUCAGAAGGCACAAACUCCCAAAACUGACUCAAAGAAAAAAUAGAAGCUCUGAAUAGACCUAUAAAAAGUAAAAAGAUUGAGGCAGUAAUCCAAAAAAAUUCGAGGAAUUGGGGAAAGUCUUAGGACCAGAUGGUUUUGCUGUCAUCUGAUGAAUUCUACAAAAUAUUGAAAGAAUACCAAUCCUUCACAGAUUCUUCCAAAAUGUUGAGAAGGGAGGAACACUUACCUCAUUCUGUAAUAUCAAACCAGACAAAUAACAUCACAAGAAAACUACACACCAGUAUUCCUUAUGAAAAUUGAAAAGGGAGGAACACUUACCUAAUUCCGUAAUAUCAUACCAAACAAAUAGCAUCACAAGAAAACUACACACCAGUAUUCCUUAUGAAAAUUGAAAAGGGAGGAACACUUAUCUCAUUCUGUAAUAUCAAACCAGACAAAUAACAUCACAAGAAAUUGACAGACUUGUAUUCCUUAUGAAUAUGCUUAUUAAAAUCCUCAAUAAAAUACUAGCAAACUCAAUCCAACAACAUAUUAAAACUAUUAUACAUUAUGACAAAGUGAGAUUUAUUCUAAGAAUGCAAGGUUGGUUCAAUGUGAAAGCAAACCAGUACAAUACAUGAAACUAAUAGAAUAAAAGAAACCACAUGAUCAUUUCAACAGACAGAAAAAGCACUUGACAAAUGCAAUAUCCUUUAAUUUAAAAAAAAAAAACAAAAACUAGAAAUAGAAGGAGACUUCCCCAACUUGAUAAGCCUUUAUAAAGAACCCACAGCUAACAUACUUAGUGGUGAAAAAAAGCCUUUCCCACAAGAUCAGGAAAAGACAGUACUGUCUAUUCUCACCACUUGUUUUUUUGAGACAAGGUCUCGCUCUGUUGCUCAGGCUGGAGUGCAGUGGCACAGUCAUGGCUCACUGCAGCCUCCACCUGCCAGGCUCAAAUGAUCCUUCAGCCUCCUGAGUAGCUGCAACCACAGGCACACACCACCAUGGUAGGUUGAUUUUUUGUAUUGUUAGUAGAGGUGGGAUUUUCCCAUGUUGCCCAGGCUAGUCUCAAACUCCUGAGCUCGAGCAUUCCGCCUGCCUCAGCCUCCCAGAGUGCCAGUAUUAUAGAUGUGAGCCACUGCUCCCAGCCACCACUUGUAUUUAACACUGUACUUGGAGGUUCUUGGCAGGGCAAUUAGGCAAGAAAAAGAAGAAUUACUUCUUAUUACCAUUUGUUAUUGGACAUAGAAGCUCUAAGAGGUGUACUCGGAGCACGCACUGGUGUCCCAGACAUAGUCUUUCUUGCUGCCAUUGUGUAGCAGCAAACCAGUUUCUCCUUGGUAAUCAUAAUUGAUUGCCUUAGCCAGUAAAGUAUUUCCAUUCUCUGCCUAUUGGUUCAUUGACAUGAGCCCAGCACUAAUAGUGAUGGACAGAAUUCAGUUGCCAGAUAAUAGGACCCAAAAUGACAGAUCUAUAAUUUAUUACAGGAAGAGGACGUAGUAUAUAGCAUCAGCAUUGAAAUACAGAUAUGCAUCAUAGCUAAAGGCUGCCUCAUACAAAGAGGUCUAGAGAGGAUAGUUUUGAGCACUAAGUGUCAGGGCCUGUGGUAGGCAGAAAAAUGGUCCUUCAAAGAUGUCAGCAUACUUAUCCCUGAAACCUCUGCGUGUGUUACUUUAUGUGGCAAAAAAGGACUUUGCACAUUUGAUUAAGUGAAAUAUCUUGAGAUAAGAAGAUUAUCCUGGAUUAUACAAUGGGCACAUUGUAGUCACAAGGGUCCCUCUCAUAAGGAGACAGAAGAGACAGGAGGAGAUGUGAAGAUAAAAGCAAAGGUCAGGGAGUCAGAGUUUUGAAGAUGCUACUCUGCCAGCUUUGAAGAUGGAGGAAGGGGCCACCAACCAAGGAAUUCAGGCAGCCUUAAAAUUUGGAAAAGGUAAAGACACAUUUUCCACUUGAAUUUCCAGAAGGAAUAAGCCUGUUGACUGACAACUUGACCUUAGUUUAUAAGACUGAUUUUGGACUUAUGACCUAUGGAAUUUAAGAUAAUAAAUUUAUGUUAUUU